GCGAGAGAAGGUGUGCUGUUUGAGAGUGUGAGAAGGGGCAAGAGGAGUGUUCGUCCAAACGUCAGGAGAGAGCGGACCCCUCUUGAGAUUCUACUGACACCCCUUCCUCCGGCAUGGCGAACAUCACAUCUGCCCAAUGGCAGGCCAUGCUGGAUACAGCGGAUGAGAGCCAGAAACCAUUCUUUCAAAAACUGUAUGAUGAUGUCGCGCAGAGAGAAAGGGAGGCAGUGGCAGCAGCUAGAGCCGUCGACAUUGCUGAUCAGGUGGCUCUCCGGAUCCCGGAAGCUAACGCUGACCGGUUCCGGGAGGAACUAGCUGCUGCUGUAGCAGCCUUGGUCCGACUGCGGACCUUGGAAGACUUUGAGUCUCGUAUGACAACACUUGAGCAGCGGAACGAAGAGCUGCAGGCUAAGGUAAUUAGCCUUGAACAGUCCCAGCUGUCUGCCUCCCGCCCUCCUAACCCUCGAUCUGCUGUAAUCCCAGUCUCUCAGCCCAACACAACCCUCGUUCCAAGGGCCAGUGGAACUGCGGUAAGUGCAGGAACCGGAGCAAGCUCCUCAAGCGGCAGCACCGGUAGUUCUGCACUGAUCGCAGUCCCAAAUGCAGGGACUUCAGCCCAAAACGCCACAGUCCUUGCUGGCGUUCAGAAUAGCGGUCCCGUGGUGGACAAGCGGGCGGCCACGCUGCCGACCAAGUAUGACGGGAAGGCUGACAUCACCUCUUGGAUUAGUUCCAUGCGGUCAUACUUCGAGGUCAUGCGGACACCGCAAGAGGACCGAAUUAUGAUCAUGGGAACUAAUACAGAGCCUGCCGUACGAAACCACAUUGAGCUCCAAGCUGUUGCUGCAGGCUAUGCACACAUAGACCUGACUAAUUGGCUGAAGGUCACCCCUGUUCGCACCCUUGAGGAUCUUCUCCUUGACCGGUAUCAGGAUAAACAUGCUGCGCUCAAGGCUAGAUUGAAGCUUGAGGCCCUCAAGGGCCAAACAUGGAGGUCAUCCAUGCAGGCUUUGGAACAGCAUCUGACUGGUUUAUUCACGACUCCGGAUCUAGGAAUGACUGACGUGUCUUGCAUGGAUGUAGUCAUGGGAGUGGCCCCUAAAGAAUACUUCUCCCUGCUAGCACUCAAGGACCAUGCUACCUGGCGAGAGCUCAUGAAGGACCUAGUCGACCUAGAGGCCAAGGACCUUGCCGCCUGCAAGAAGGCGCCCGCUGCAGGUGGGAAACCACAAUGCAAGCGGUUUGGAGGCAGCAACCAGCUCGCACUGCAUGAUCAUCGGGAGACUGACGAUCAGUCCUAUGCGGAUGAUCUGCCUCUAGAUGACGAUCUAGAGCCGGACUCCGAUACGGGCUGAUUGCUAUCGUCUUCAGGGAAACAGGCAAGGGGCGUAGAGGAGUCAUCAGCACUCUCUACAACAAGAGAAGUUGAGCAGUCAGUUGCAGGCCCCUCCGAGGAGCCUGGAUUUGAUCAGCAGCGUGCUCUUGAAGCCCAAACUAACGCUGAUCCCAAGGCUGAGACAGUCCAAGUGUUAUACACUGAGCCUUGGGAGGAGUCUAAAGAGGUCGACCUCCACGCCCACAUGGAGCAUUGGCUGCAGCUCAAGCAGCAACGCCGUGUCCAAGGGAGCGUGGAGCUGACUUUCUUUAAACUGCUCAUUAACCGUCGAUACAUUCGCGUGCUGAUUGACAGUGGUUCGACCACUAACUUCUUCUCUCUGAACGGGAUUCGUAAGGCGGGCCUGGGUAUGAAGCAAGUGGAACUGCAGAACCCUUGCCGGACUCAGGUGGGCAACCAAGAGGUUGUCACUUCCACUCAUGCUGUCAAAGGUGUGCGCAUCACCUUUGACAAAGACCGCACUGUCACACACGAGCUGAAUUUCUAUGUUUUGGACAAGUGUCCUUUCGACGCGGUCAUUGGCUUGGGCUGGCUAAAGGCUCAUUGCCUAAGGACCACGUGGGCGGACAAUCAGUUCGUGGUACUUGAUGCCAAGGGGAACGAGCGUACCGUCUUACUAGAUGAGACGCGCGAGUCCCCUGUGACUCUUCUAAGUGCUAACAAAUUCUGCAGAGAAGAAGAAAAAGAGGAAGAAGAUGAAGAAGAAGAAGAAGAGGAGGAAGAGGAGGAAGAGGAGGAGGAGGAGAAGAAGAAGAAGGAGAAGAGGAUGAGGAGGGAAAAAGAUGAAGAAGAAGAGGACGAGGAGAACAAGAAGAAGAGGAGGAGGAGGGGAAAAGAUGAUGAGGACGAGGACAAGGAGGAGGAAGAGAAGAAGAAGAAGAAGAAGAAGAAGAAGAGGAGGAAGGAGGAGGAGGAGGAGGAGAAGACGAAGACGAAGAAGAAGAGGAGGAGGAGGAGGAGGAGAAGAAGAAGAAGAAGAAGAGGAGGAGGAGGAGGAGGGGCGCUGGUGGACUUACCUUCGCGGCUAUGGGGGGCAGUUGCAACGAAGCGGGAUGGCGGGGCAAAGCAGCUGCAGAGAGAGGUCGGUAGCGGGCUCGAGACGGGGCGCUGGCGCUUGUCGCGUGGUGGGAGCACACGACGUCGAUGCGCAUGCAGAAAGGCGCGACGUCAACGUCGUGUGUUUCUUGCUGUAGCAUGGGGCAGGCGGGGCGGAGGGGCAGAGGCAGCCCUGGACCGGCCUGAAAACACGACAAUGGAAAAGGAACCUUGCUGCUCUGGUCAUUGCCAAGGCUGCAGAGGAGCCCACAAGCACAAUGCUGUCAGUCGACUUGCUGAAGGAUAGCCCUCGUGUUGCUCCUCAGGAGAAAGAAACCUUUGCUGAACCUUCUCCAGAACUUUCUCCAGAACUUUCUCCAGAACCUACCCGAAGGGAUCGAGGAAUGGCGCAGUAUGAGUCGGUAUGAAGUACCACGAACCCUUCCCUUUUUUUUUUUUCUUUUUUUUUUUCAGAGUUCAGACUUUAAAUGAAGAUAGACAUGAUAC